UAAAUGGACUCAUGGUACACCCCUUCACAUUGUCUGGAAAUAUUCACUAGGCUAGUUUGAGAAAUAAGUAAUUCUUUGUUAUUAACAUAAUGGAACUUGUGAAAUGGAAAAUGAAAGGGCGACACAUUUCAGUCCUGAUUUGUUUGUGUUUGUAUUCCCAUUCUUUGACUAAUUCUCACUCCAGUAUUCCCAUAGAGGGGCUCCCUGGGGAAUCCUUUGACUCCAGUCCUGACACAGAAAGCCCUUACCAACACCAUGCCCUCCACCACAGUUGGAGCAAUAUCCAUGGCAACCCAUCUUCCAAUUUGGAGAAAGGUAAGAGCCGCUUCAACGUCAGGGUCCAGUGUGUGGACUUUGUCCAACUUCAGCGCAUGGCAGAAUACAGUGUUACCACUUACAAAGGGAGCAACCCGUUAAUCCGUGCUGUGGCAGUGUGUGAGGAGAAAAACUCCACAUGGAAAAAGAACAUGGAGGAUGUGACCAUUUUUCAUGAGGGGUAUGGAGGCAAAGAGGGGACCAGCUUUUUUGGGGUCUUUGACGGGUUUCACGGACAGAUUUCUGCAGUUACGGCAUCUAGGGAGAUGCCUGUUUUAGUCCUGGAGCAACUCUCCAAACAGGACCCUUUGCUCUGCUUGGAGAAGGACCAGGUGAAGCUACUGUCAAGCUUUGAGGCCCUGUUCCAGAAAGACUACAACAGACCUUACCCAGGCCAGGCCCAGAACAUUGGACUAGGCCUAGGCCCUGAGCAGCUGGAGAAUCUGACCAAAGUGGAACAGGUGAACCUAGCCUUCACCACAGCCUUCUGGAAGAUGGACCGGGUCCUGGGGCUUGGCAAGAACGAGACCUCCAAGAUCCGCUGGAGUGGCUGCACAGCGCUCAUCUGCCUGAUCGACAGUGGGCUGCCCUCAGACGGGAAGGAGCAGGGAACAGGACAGGAGAGUAAUACACCAACCACCUCACAGGAGUUACAGGGUGGAAGAAUUAUCAUUGCUAACUGUGGUCAGCAUUUUACUAGCAUAGUUGAUUCCCAUUUCACAGGUAACGUCCAUGCGGUGCUGUACAAACAAGGUAGGGGCUUCCGUCUGACCAAAGACCACAGCACGUCCAACCCUAAGGAGCGCAAACGCAUCCUCCAGUCCGGAGGGGCAAUCAGCGUCAACAAACAGCACGGUCUGGUGGAGGGGCUGACCAAGGCCACCCGAGGGCUUGGUCAUUAUGGCGAUCGCAAGCUGAAAAAGUCAGUCAUCCCUGUGCCUUACUCUGUGUCGCUGCCCAUGGACCCAUCCUUCCAGCUGCUGGUCCUAGCGUCCAGUGGCCUCUGGGAAGUCUUGGAUGAGCAUGCAGUGGCUGAGAGAGCUCUGACUGUCAUUGAGUUGACUCAACAGAAAUUAAUAUUGAAUACCCUGUGCGUCAUGCAAACUGUUGAGGAUUUGUCCGUUUCAGAUUCUCAAAGUUGCAUACAGUCAAGACCAGGGUCAUCUAUUUUUGAUAGUGAAGAACCUUCCAGUGUCAAGGAUGAGGACAACCCACCAGAGUUGGACAUGCCAGAGCCUCUGGGGGUACAAGCUAGAGAUAUUCAGAAUGCAGAGGAAACAGAGAGACAUCAAUCCUCAGUCCUGCAGCAGGAGAGUGAGGUCAAUGUGAAGGGAACUAUGGCUGACAGUCUGAAGAAUCUUACCUUGGACUACGAGCGCCUUGCAGCUGACAUUUGUAGAGAGCUAGUGGACACAGCAUUGGUCUCAGGUUCAAGGGAAAAUAUUUCAGUCAUGGUCAUACUUCUUCAUGGGUUGGAUGUGCUCAAAGAAAACACUCUCAAAGGAGAGUUGACAAAGCAAACAAAUACCAUGUAAUUAUAACUUCAGGA